GACCAGGAGACAAAAUCCCUGUUACAACCAUUGCCGUCGUCAUUCCUACAGAAGAAAAUCUCAUCCUAUUGUGUGGUUGAGUGGGGUCAAGCGGAAGAUGGGAUUCUUCACCAGUUCUGCUCUUUGCCUUCUCGGAAUCAUCUUCUCUAACCCUUUUCUGGGAGCUGAGGCUGCGUCCUGCGCCAGGGACUGGAUGCAAAACCAGGGCAACUGCUAUGCUUAUUUCGAUGAGCCAAUGACAUGGCAAGAGGCUGAGAUUGAGUGCCAGAGCUACGGGCGAGGAGCCCACCUUGCCUCUAUCCUUACAGAGGCAGAGACCGUCCUGGUGGCUGAACACAUCUCCACUUACCAGAAAAAACCAUUAAAUGUCUGGAUUGGGCUCCGUGAUGUCCGUCAGAACGGGAGAUGGAGAUGGGCUGAUGAGUCGGUCUACAACUACAAGGCCUGGAUGAAGGGUCAGCCAGACAACCGUUAUAAAGAUGAGUUCUGCGUGGAGCUGACAUGUUCUACACGUUUUAAACAGUGGAACGAUGAUAAGUGCAAUAGACGGAACACCUACAUCUGCAAGUAUGAACUGUGAAGAAGCUUUUUGCACCUGGGGAUGCCUGCUGGGAGACUGGAGCGGCGGACAUCCCUCCUUCUAAGAAAAUGAUCUCCUCCUCGAUCCUGAAAACUGCAAAACCCAUUUUCAUCCAUCCUCUUCAAAAUCUCAUUUCUGUGGCUUUUCUGCU